AUGACUAGCUCGGAAGAUGCAAAACGAGCCGUGGUGGCCAUUGGAGAGAAGUACGGAUUCGUCGGCGAAGAUAUCAUGGAACAGAUUGGGCAGUGGAACCCAAGCAUCAGGCGGACCAUCGAGGAGAGCAUGCUCGCCAAGGACAAGCUGGCAGCGCACUCGAUCAAGACCCUGGCGAAAAAUAUCUACGGAAGCGACGCACGCUUCGUCUUCGAGUUGCUCCAAAACGCUGACGACAAUCGCUUCACUCGCGCCAAGGCCAACGGCGCCCUUCCGUUCAUCUCGUUCCACGUUCACCCGCACCGGAUCGUGGUUGAAUGUAACGAAGACGGCUUUACCGAGAAGGAUCUGCGCGCCAUCUGCUCCGUCGGCGAGAGCACCAAGUCAGCUUCUCGUGGCUACAUUGGUGCUAAGGGCAUCGGCUUCAAAUCCGUCUUCAUCGCCGCAUGGAAAGUUGCCAUUCAAUCCGGCCACUUCUCCUUCUACUUCAAGCAUGAGAAGGGCGAUCUCGGUCUAGGCAUGGUCCUUCCCGUAUGGGAGAACCAGGCCGCUGCGCUGCCUGGGCCACUCACCCGUAUGACCCUUCACCUCCACGAGCAAGGGGAAGCGCAGGAGCUGGAGCACCUCCGACAGACCAUCUUCAGACAGUUGAGCGAGCUACAGCAUACCUCACUGCUGUUUCUGCGCAACCUCCGGCAAAUCAGCGUUGCUUUCUACGAUGAGGAUGGCGGGCUGAAGAGCUCCAAGAACUUUCGCGUAGGCGAUGAGCGUGACCAUACAGUUCUUCUCGAGACCACCUCAACGCGUAGUGCGAGUGGGAACGGCAGCCAAACCUCAACCGAGAAUAAGCAAUAUCAUGUCACACGUCAUAUGGCCACGAACCUCUCAAAAAGCGACAAUCGCGAUUCGGCUAAUAACACAGAAGCCGAGGUGGUGCUCGCGUUUCCCCUGACAAGUGACUCGCAGCCACUCAUUGAGCAGCAAGAGAUAUUUGCCUUCUUACCCAUCAGGGAGUCAAAUUUCAAGUUUCUCAUUCAUUCCGAUUUCGACACGAGCGCUAGUCGACAAGACAUCGUUUCCACUUCCUUGAGAAAUUGGAGCCUCAUCGAUGGCAUCGCCGCAGCGUUCAUAAAGGCCGUCUUGCAAUUCUGCGAGCACCCAAGCCUGUGCUACACCUGGCCAAGAUUUCUCCCCUCCACGACGAAUGAAUCAAGCGCAUUCUGGUCCAACCUGGUGCAGCGGAUCAAAGAGCUCGUGUCUCAGACACCCAUUCUCAAGUCACGACAUAAAAGAGGUCUCCGGACCAUCAAAAAUGUUCACAUCAUUGCUAACACGGCCACCGACCGUAACGGGACCUCGCUGUUCGAUGACUCUGUACUGGACCCCUUUAUCUCCACGGCAUAUAAGAGGGCUUCGGUUGAAGCCCUGAAACCAUACGGGCUGCAUGCAUGCCAUUUUUUUAUCAUCCGCAAUCUUCUUGAGGCCGAUCUUGCCAACUCUCAGUCAAGAAUGAAGUCGCCCUCGACCAGCGAGGACUGGCACUCAGCAGUUGCACGGCUCUUGACAUUCUUCUUCACUGAAAAAGUGAAGACAGCCAUUUCUAAGCUGAGGCUUUGUGUUAUACUUCCUUUGAAUGAUGGCCUGUGGGUCUCUGCCAACGACGGAGUCAUCUAUCUACCAACAACUGCCGGGAUCCCAAUCCCGCCGGGCGUAAAAAAGCAUGUCCUAGACUCCACAGCUGUUGCCAAUGCGGACCGCAGAGCUCUUUUCGAGCAUCUAGGCGCUGUGGAAGCAUCUGUCUCGGAGGUCCGCAAGUCCGUCUUAGAGGCUCUGUACAGUCCGUCUUCGCCCAAACAUGUCGACGUCGAGAAAUCCAGGGCCCAACUCCAUUUCUUAUACCUCUCUCACAAUAGCAGGCAACGUGGUGAAAGGCUUGGUCAGAUUCUUCUCUACAAAGAGAACAAUGCCACUGGGAAGACAGAUGAAGAAGAUUUCUACCUGCACAGCAAUGACCCGUACGGGCCGGGAGCUCUCCUGGGGCCAACUGAUACUUGGCCAGGCCUUGAAGUCACGUUUCUUCAUCCGGCAUACCUUGAAGUUUCACCUAGCGCCCCGACUGCAGGUCAUCCCUCGUGGAAGGGCUGGCUCUAUGAUCACCUUGGCGUUCGUAGGAGGUUGAGGCUAAUCUCUCAGAACCGACACGAAAUUUCGCAACAGUUUACCUCUGUCCUGGACCACCACCCGGCUAAAUGGCUGGGCCUGUUUGAGUACCUCUGGCGGCACGAAGAGUCACUGUUCAAAGAAAAACAGUAUCUCAAAGAGUACUUGAGCGGGCUCCAGGCAGAUGAACUAUGCAAGCCUCCCCUCGAGGUGUACUGUGAGUUGAAGGACUCGUACCUGCCGCUGCCACACCUCCAGCAACAAUACCGGCGGUUUAUGGGAAAUGACUCUACACAUUUCCCAUUUCUCAAUCUCGAAGGAACUGAGGAUGAAGAGGCGUUUCUUACAAAGUGGCUGUUCCUCCACACAAAAUUCAAUGUGCGCAAAGAGGACGACACGCGGUUUCUCCUGGACAUGCUCUUUCGAAUAUCGACUGCCGACUCCACGAACCGACAAGCUGCCAAGGACGCAAUUGAGAAUUUAUUCUGGGAGAUAGGAGGGACUGUCAUUCUAAUUCCCGCACGAGGAGCACCCAAGGCGACAUGGACGGUUGCCAGUUCUUGUCGCUGGAAGGCACCACCCGACAUGAUAUCGUUAUUCCCACUCGAGCGCCUCUAUUCCCAACUAGGCAGCGAGGAUCAAAUGAGGAUACUUUCGCGUUUCUUUUCGAAAACGCUCAAGAUUGAUGAUGUGUCCUGGAGGGAUCUGCUGGGAGAACUGGCGAAACUAAGGGAUCAGGGCUGCGAUGACCUCGACCGCAUCCGUGGCCUCUACUUGCGAACAUUCGAGGACGACGCCCUUAUAUUCGUCGUAAAGGACGGUCAGGCCGGCUGGUACAAGACGUCUGACUGCCUGUGGUCCAGUACGACAGACAUCAGUGGCAAGGUCACGUUGAAUGAUGACUACGAAGACCUGAGGGAACUGUUCGUGGAAAACCUCGGCGUAAAGACGCUAACACUCCAGAUGGUAUAUGACGAGCUGCUGCAGACAGAUGCGCAGGCGUCCAUUGACGAUGUCAAAGCCACACUCUGGUCGCUGAAUGCGCUCUUGCAGACAGAGCAGGAGCUCCCUGAUCCUGUGCCGCUCCAUAGAAUACCAAUUUUCCCCGUGAAGUAUGGGAGUGGCAAUUUAACUUUGAGGACGAUCGGAGCGGGUUUUGCCAUCGUUGAUAACGAGUCAUUGGCGGAUAAGUUUAGGAGCCGAAUCAAGUUGCUCGACUUCAGCAGAGAGGAGGUUCUGCGUCUGAAGCCUUUUAUCAGAUGGGUUGGACUCGCGAAUCGAUAUCUGUCAGCUGCCGUGAGGGAGAGCACGUCGGUUGCCGAAGCCGACUCGAGGCCCGUCUCGACCCCAAACCACGAUAUCAAGCGGAAAGCGCAUGCAAUCUCUCGUAUUGCGGCUCAUUUUAGCAGUCCCAGAUACAAAGCCGGACCCAGCGAGUUGUACCAGCUGCUGCGGAGCGCUGUGACCACCGAAACCACCGGCAUUUCGUCCGUGCUACGGAUAUCCCAGGACGGGCGGUCUACGGAGCUAGAGACUGCCAUUGGUGACCUGCACAUCGAUGACAGCUCGUCGCACCUCACCUUCUUCGUGCCGAGGCACAAGAAAGCAAGAGAAAUCUGCUACCUGAGCGCCCUGCCCAUAUAUCUGGCGAGUUGGCUGAUGCGGGAUCCUGUGACCCAGAUUCCCGAUGCAGUUGAGGAAUUCGCGGUUCGAGCGCUUGUGACGAUUUUGGGCGCCGAUCCAGCGUCGGUCGACGCACUUCUUGAGCGCCUGAGCAUCAUAAACAUCUCCAUCCCGAACGAGGACGUGAAUGUGGCCGAAGAUGAGGAGGAUGAAGCUUCCGUUGCCGGAAGGGGCGAUGAUGCUGAAUCUCUGGUGCAGCCCAUGACGCCAGACACGGCAGCGAACGAGCGAGGACCGGCCAUGCCGACUGAGACCCGACUGGCGCCCCUUUCUGGAACGUAUCCCGACUUGUCGAGUAGCGACGCCGAGGUCACCCACACGGUCUCUCGACGUAGCCAUAUGGCCUAUCAUUCAGUUGUCCAGCUACACUCUAUGCCCUCAGCAUAUCAUGCGACGAUUCUUCAAGGGUCAACGAGCGAGGAUGCUCUGUACCUUCGUCUGCUGACGAAGGUCGUCGACGCGGCGAGGCAAGCCGUGUUCCCGUCGCAAGGCAUCUUCGACAUGAGCAACCUCCGAGACGCACUUCCAGAAAGAUCAAUCGACGCCUGGCAAGGCGGCUUUGACGGCCCCGACGUCGAGAGCCGGUUCCACUCCACGAGUCAACUUGAGCGUGACAGGAAAAUUGGUGCCGCCGGUGAGCUAUACGUCUUCGAGCUGCUGUCUCGACUGACUCCCGCUCUCCACGGCUGGAGUCGCGAUAACUGGCAAAGCACGAUCCGGCGGUACGUCACGCUCCACCCGGAUUAUCAGGACAUGCCGCCCUGGAACGGGCGAGAGACGGCCGACAUGACGUACCAAGACGUGCGUGGCGAGCUCACAAAAUGGCUCAAGGACCAUGGCUAUCUUGACGGGGAAGGGUGGUGGGAUGCCCGGCCGAAGUACUACAUCGAAGUCAAGACAACCACAGGGCCUCACAAUACACCCUUCUAUAUGAGCAAGGCUCAAUACCAGCGGAUGCAAGACAUUCACAAUGCGCGUGGGCAUGAUGAGGUGUACAUGAUCCUACGUGUGUGUAAUAUCGAACGUAGCGGCAUUGGGAUACCGACACCGCUCGCAGCCAUGGCCGAAGCAACCACCGCCCGGCAGCGGAAGAAAGAGCCCGUCGCCAUCCCCAUCGUCCCCGACGAAGAGUGCGGCUCCGAGGACGACGACAACCUAUUUGCCGGCACCCCGUCCGAGAAGCUCAGUCGCAAGACCAAGUCCAAGGCCAAGGCGGGCACAAAAGCCAAGGCCGCCCGGACGGACGACGGCGAGACCGAUGCCUUCAGCCCGUUGAUUGACGUCCUGCGCGUCCUCAGCUUCCUCGCCGUCGCCAGCUGCGCCCUGAGCUACGUCAUGAGCAGCGGCGAGAGCUUCACCUGGGGCUUCGACGACAAGCCGUGGUACCUGCGGCCCUCGUACUGGAAGCUGCGCUGGAACGGCCCCCUCUACCUGACCCCCGCCGAGCUCCGCGCCUACGACGGCACGACCCCCGACACGCCCAUCUACCUCGCCAUCAACCACACCAUCUACGACGUGUCGGCGAACCCGCGCAGCUACGGCCCGGGCGGCAGCUACCACCUCUUCGCCGGGCACGACGCCUCGCGCGCCUUCGUCACGGGCUGCUUCGCCGAGGACCGCGUGCCCGACAUGCGCGGCGUCGAGACCAUGUACCUGCCCCUCGACGACGCCGACGUCGACCGCCACUGGUCGUACGCCGAGCUCGAGGCGCUGCGCGCCGCCGAGCGCGAGGCCGCCGCCCAGAAGGUCCACGACGCCCUGCAGCACUGGGUCGACUUCUUCGGCAACAGCGAGAGGUACCAGCGCGUCGGCUACGUGCGGCUCCCCGAGGGCUGGCCCGCCGGCGCGCCCGUGCCCCGCCUGUGCGACAAGGCGCAGAAGGGCCGCGUCAAGAGGAAGCUGCCGGGCCAGGAGGAGGAGGAGAGGAAGGCCAAGGAGGAGAGGCGGGCGGCGAAGAAGAGGGAGAAGGAGGCGGAGAAGGCGGGCAAGCCGUGGCUCCAGACGUGA